CAUGGUAGAAACAUUGGUAUGCUCUGGCUGCUCAAUGACACUUGGCAACAUCUACAGAUGCACCCCAAAGCAUCUUGACUACAAGAGGGACUUGUUCUGUUUUAAUGUUGACUCAAUUGAAAGUUACGCUCUAGGAUCCUCAGAAAAGCAAGCCCUUACUGAUGAAGAACCUUUAACUCUUGAAAGUCGAGCUGUCUUGGAAGACGUGCUACAAAAGGCACAUACUGUAUUAAAGGCUCUGGAGACAAGACUGACUGCUGUUGAAUCAU